AUGCUCUGCUACAGGCUUGCAACGAGACAGCAGAAGAUCGUCAAGUGGACCUCUGUGGCAACCAUACUAGGCUAUGUUGGAGUGAUUAUUGUCAUAUGGAGCCACUGCACUCCAGUUCAAAGGAAUUGGCAGGUCGUUCCCUACCCAGGAGGUACGUCAACGUUUUGUCUUACCGGCAGUCAUGUGCGUCAUCUAACGCUCCAUUCAGAUGAGUGCACACUGGCCGUGGCCAACUACUUGAGCUUGGUUGUGCUCAACAUAUCUACGGAUAUGCUCAUUGUCUCAAUACCCUUGCCUCUUCUUUGGGCGGUCAAACUCAGUCUCAAGAGAAAGUUCGCUAUUGGCCGGCCUACUACUAUGUUCGGGCGUUUUCGUAAUGAUUGCAGCUCUUCUUCGUUGCAUAUUAUCGUUAAAGGACAUCGAAGGUAUCAACGUCAGCACUAUUUGGGCCAUCAGAGAAACAGUUUGUCAACCUUUACCACUUUUCAUCGAUUGAUAGGAAAAACCCUUAUUGUCGGAUUCGUUCACAGGCUAACUCCGGCCCCUAAUUCACAGUUCGUCGGAAUCAUUGCGGUCAACGCAGCAUGCAUAAGACCUCUUUUCUCCUCCGCGCACUGGUUGAGGUCUACUAAGGGUAGCAGCGGCAAUAACCAGAAGUACAUCGGGUCCGGUGACAAGUAUGGCCAUCAGCUCGUUACCAUAGGAGGCGGGGGACAGAGCGUCGAUCGAUCGGGCUUACCCUCCAAGCGGCGAUACAACAAGUACAACAUGACGGAGCUGGACAACAACUCGAGCGAGGAGCAGAUCGUCAAGUCUCCCGAGUCAGCCCAGUGGCCUCAAAACGGCGGCCGUGGUGGCAGCCUCACCAGCAAGUCGAGUGGACAGCAUGGAGGAAUUGUUGUAACCACAACGUAUGAGGUGAAGCCAGAAAACAAAGUUUGA